AUCAGUUAUCACUGAUUACUGAUUAGUGAUUAGUAUUUUGAUCAGCUUUAAUUAAACUUUUGCUUUUUAGAUCAACUUGAUCAAUAAUUAUUAGUGGAGCUCUGAAGCUUUCUACACUACGAUAUUAUCGUACUCAAUACAUUCAAGCUUAUUCAUCAGCAGCAGUAUUGAUAUUGAUAGGCUAUAGGCUGACUUUAUGCCGGUAAUAAAUCGACCUUGAUUCAUGAAAAGCAUCGUGUUCGAAAAUUAAUAAUGACUGGAUUCGAUCUCCGAGUAUUUAUGUACAGUAUCUUUAGAUUGAUGGUAAUGGUGAUUGUAUUUCAAUAGUUUCGUCAUUAGAUCACUGCCUAUUUUAGCUAGAAGUCGUCGUCGUUCGUCCUGUCCCAAUUUUUUUUGCCUCAGUUGUUGCCCAAAAUCAGUAAAAUCUCGUGUGAUUCAGUUUUUAUUAUCGUACGAUAUGUCACUGAAGUUACAAUGAACAUCCAUACGUCGAGAAACCAAGAUAUUUAGUGCCUUAUUUGACUUUAACCCGAAGAAAAUUCAAAUUGGGAAUCUUUUACGUUGGGUUAUUCAUAGCCACCGAACGAAGAAAUCUUCGAGAAAGCAAAGCAAAGUAAAAAGCGAAACGAUUUUGUCGAUCCAGUCGUUACCAUACUCUUGUCGAGUUGCGCAGCUACACCUCUCGAGUUUUUAAUUCUGCGGCUAAACCGAAUUCGAACGCUUGCCGAGGUUCGUUGAUCGAAAAGUGUUUCAACGUUCAACUGUAAAAAUGUUUUCCAUCUGCAAAGGUCGCACACAUCUGUCAAAGCAGUUAUAUCAUUUCCGCGAAGGUACCACCAUAAAGAUAUUUUCCAAUCGUCGAGGUUGUAAUUACUUCUCUGAAAAAUCAUAUCACGUGCAAGAAACAGGAACAACUGUGCUUUCAAGCUCACAAGAUCGUGUUGAUUCUCCGAAGUUAGUUCAUUAUACUCAUAAUUCUAAUGUGAAACAGACAUUCCUUAGCCUGUCAAAUAUCGCCAAGUUUUCUAAGGAAUUACGUUACUUGUACACGGAAAGUAAAAAAGAGGGAAUCGCCAACUUCAAGAAACACUCUGAUUUCUCCAGGCAGUUAAAUUUUACGUUAAAAAGCUUCAACUUGGCUGAGGACACUGCUAUUUUGGUGGAAGAAUGGCUCUUACGUUUUGAUUCUUUGGGUGAAAUUGAAGCUGCUACAAUUUCCGGUACGUUCAAUAGUUUAUCAAGAAUGAAUAUUUUUGGUAACGAAUGGAACUCCGAGUAUCGAGAAAGUUUCAAAAGGCUAAUCGUCAGAUUGGCUGUAAAAGGAGACCAGAUAUUAGAUACAAAUAAUCGAGCUUUUUCUAAAUUUAACUCUUGGCAGGUUGCUAAUUGUUUGAAUGCGUUAUCCAAAUGGAAUGUGUUGAACAAUAAUGUAUGGGAAGGUUGUAUUCAAAUUAGUCACCAAAAAAUCAGCAAGGUUGAUUUAUUCAGAUCUGUAAUUAGUGGUUUGAUAUGUCGAGGAGCUCAUUUACUGGGGAAUAAAACAGCUGAUGAAUUUGAUGCUCAAGGUAUCAGUAAUUGUCUAAGUGCACUAUCGAAAUGGAAUAUUAACGAGUUCAACGGAUCCAAGAAAUUCAUCAAUGAAUUAGUAAAACUAGGCAUCAACAAUAUUGAUCAGUUCAAUUCUUUAGCUGUUACAAGCAGCCUGAGUGCUUUGUCCUGUUGGAAUAUAAAUGAUUUCGAAGGUGCCAGAGAAUUCAUCGUACUGCUGUUCGAACAAGGAAGUUCAACCAGUAAUAGAUUCACUCCUCUGAGUAUGGCCAGAACCUUGAACGCAAUAUCCAAAUGGAACGUCGAAGAAUUUCGAGGAGCCAAGGAGUUCAUAAUUCAUUUAAUUCAACAAGGAACUUUGGUGGUGAAUAAAUUCAAUUCCAUGCAGAUCUCGCUCAUUUUGAACGCUUUGUCCAAGUGGAACAUUGAUGAGAUGCAUGAAGCUAGAGGUUUUAUUGUUUCGUUAACCAAAUAUGGAAACUCUAUCAGCGAUACGUUUAAUUACCAAGAUAUCGUUACCUGUUUGAAUGCGUUUUGUAAAUGGAAUAUUGAUGAAUUACACGGUUCCAAACAGUUCAUUGUUCGAUUAAUAAAACGAGGAGGCUCAACAACCCAUGGUUUCGAUGAUCAAGCGAUCGGCAAUAGUUUGAACGCGUUGUCAAAAUGGGACAUUCACAAGUUGGAUGGAAGUAAAUAUUUCAUUAUACAAUUGAUCAGAUGUGGAAUUCUAACAGCUGAUACAUUCGAUUCGUUGAAUAUUUCUACCUCCUUAAAUGCGCUUUCUAAAUGGGAUAUCAAUGAAUUAGAAAGAUCCAGAGAAUUUAUUACUCAAUUAAUAAAACGCGGCCGUUCCAUAAUCGAUAGAUUCACUUCUCAACGAAUUGCUGUCACCUUGAACGCUCUUAUUAAAUGGAACGUCGACGAAUUCGAAGGAGCUCGAGAGUUCAUCAUUGAACUACUAAAGCAAGGAAAUUCUUCAGUUGACAGUUUUGAUGCUCAAGCCACCGCAAAUGUCUUGAAUGCUGUGUCAAAGUGGAAAAUUGAUGAGCUCGAAGAAACUAGAGAAUUCGUCGUUCGUUUAAUUAAACAUGGAAGUUUAACAAUCACCAGAUUCGAUUGCCAGAACGUUAGUAAUUGCUUAAAUGCUCUUUCUAAGUGGAAAAUCAAUGAAUUGGAAGGAGCUACAGAAUUUAUCGCAGAACUGGUCAAACAAGGCAAUUCAGUUUCUGGUGAAUUCAAUUCGCAAGAGGUCGUUAAUAGCUUGAAUGCUCUAUCGAAGUGGGAUAUCGUUGGGAUACGAACAGCUCGAGAUUUUAUCAUCAAUUUAAUAAUUCGCGGAAGUGCUAUCGUUGAUGAAUUCAGUCCUCUAGGAAUUUCCGCCGGUUUGAACUCCGUAUGUGAAUUGAACAUUUUUGACGUUGAGAAAUGGAACGAUGAUCAAUCGAAAACCUUCAAACGUUUCAUUAUAAAACUUGCAAAAAAAGGCACCGAAAUAUACAGUGAGUUUGAUUCUCGAAGCGUCGAUGACAUAUUCGAUGCUUUUUCAGAACUAAAAAUUCUGAGUAAAGAAAAAUGGACGCUAGAUGAACAGAACGUAUUGAAGAAUUUCCUUGUCAGUAUUUCUAGUUUAGAUGAUUUGUGUAAAAAAUGUACUCUGCCGGAGAUUUCAAGAAUUUACAGAACGAUAUCUGAUUGGAAUAUUCUUCAAAAUAAUGAAUUCGACUCGAAACAGAUUGAAAAAUUCGUAGAUCUCGUCAAUAAUCUGGAAAAGGGACUUUCCAUUCUUGGAAAUGACCAGAGUUUGGUAAAACCUGACGUUAAUAUCAAAUUUGCCGUUCAAAUUAUCAAAGAUUUACCUGAGCUAAAGUCUAAAAAUCUUAUUCUGUCUGAAAAUCAGUUACUGGUUUCGUUGAUGUGUUGUUUGAGUAGUAAUGUGGAGAAAUGCGAAUCUUCCGAGUUGAAGAAAGAUUUGGUUCAAAGAAGUAUUUUAACUGGGUUGCAUGAUCUUCUAAAAAUGACCGAUGAAUUGGAAGAUAGACGUAGUUUAAUAGGAGCAUUUGAUGAGAGUUUAUCUAAAAUAUACAAUAAGCUGGUUGGAAUUGAUUUGAAUCAUAUUGAUGAAAUAGUAGAUGUGGUUUAUAAAUUUGAUAAAUUACAAGUAAUUCGAGAUAUGCAGUUUUUGUCCAAGUAAAUGAUCGUUUUUAAGCUGUGUUAAUUCAGGUUUGGAAAUUUCUUUCGUGGAACGUGUGAUUUUUUGAUUUUAGAGGAAUUGCUAUUUAAAAUUGAAAUAUCAAACACAUCUGAAAUGUACAAAAACGAAGGAUUUUUUCUAUUCUGUUCAAAUUAUUUUGUAUUACCUGUGUUUUAUUUUCAUAGUGUACAUACUUUGUAAGUAAUGUAAGUAGGCCUAUGUAAAUUUCAGAACUUCCUAUUGUUAUUAUUCAAGUGUUCAUUUAAUUGUCUGUUGUUUUGUUCCGGUUGUAAUUUUCAAUAAAUCGAUUGAUUUCACUGUUGAAAA